GCAGGAGACACCUUUGCAAACCGCCCUCUUCUCCCUGAUGUCAGGUUAAAAACCUCAGCACCACGUGUUGCUGACAAACCUGCCUGUGACUGACAGCCUAGAGCCAGAGACCUCACUUGCCGGAGCCAGCAUGUCAGCUGUGGUCCUGGAGAACCGAAGAGGCCUGACCAGGAAACUCUCAGACUUUGGCCAGGAAACAAGCUAUAUUGAAAACAACUCCAAUGAAAAUGAUGCCGUAUCACUGAUUUUCUCACUCAAAGAAGAAGUUGGCGCACUGGCCAAAGUCUUGCGCUUAUUUGAGGAGAAUGAAAUAAAUCUGACCCACAUUGAAUCCAGACCUUCGCGCUUAAAGAAAGAUGAGUAUGAAAUCUUCACCAGUCUGGACAAGGGCAGCAUGCCUACUCUGGCCAACAUCAUUAAGAUCUUGAAGCAUGAAAUUGGUGCCACUGUGCAUGAGCUUUCCCGAGAGAAGAAGAAAGACACAGUGCCCUGGUUCCCAAGGACCAUUCAAGAUCUGGACAGAUUUGCCAACCAGAUCCUCAGCUAUGGAGCGGAACUGGAUGCAGACCACCCCGGCUUUAAAGAUCCUGUGUACCGAGCAAGACGGAAGUAUUUUGCUGACAUAGCCUACAACUACCGACAUGGGCAACCCAUUCCUCGAGUGGAAUACACGGAGGAGGAAAGGAAAACCUGGGGCACGGUGUUCAAGACCCUGAAGUCCUUGUAUAAAACCCACGCUUGCUAUGAGCACAACCACAUCUUCCCACUUCUGGAAAAGUAUUGUGGCUUCCGUGAAGAUAACAUUCCCCAGCUGGAGGAUGUGUCUCAGUUUCUUCAGAGUUGCACUGGCUUCCGCCUCCGACCUGUGGCUGGCCUGCUUUCCUCUCGGGAUUUCCUGGGUGGCCUGGCCUUCCGAGUCUUCCACUGCACCCAGUACAUCAGACAUGGGUCGAAGCCCAUGUAUACACCUGAACCUGACAUCUGCCAUGAGCUGUUGGGACACGUGCCCUUGUUUUCAGAUCGCAGUUUUGCCCAGUUUUCCCAGGAAAUUGGCCUUGCCUCUUUGGGUGCACCUGAUGAGUACAUUGAGAAACUUGCCACGAUUUACUGGUUUACUGUGGAGUUUGGGCUCUGCAAACAAGGAGACUCCAUAAAGGCAUAUGGUGCUGGGCUCCUGUCAUCCUUCGGUGAAUUACAGUACUGCUUGUCGGACAAGCCCAUGCUCCUUCCACUGGACCUGGAGAAGACAGCCAUCCAGGAGUACACAAUCACAGAGUUCCAGCCCCUGUAUUACGUGGCUGAGAGUUUUAAUGAUGCCAAAGAGAAAGUAAGGAACUUUGCUGCUACAAUCCCACGGCCCUUCUCAGUUCGUUAUGACCCAUACACCCAAAGGAUUGAGGUCUUGGACAAUACCCAGCAACUUAAGAUUUUGGCUGACUCCAUCAACAGUGAAGUUGGAAUCCUUUGCAGUGCCCUCCAGAAAAUAAAGUGAAGCCAUGGACAGAACCGGGUCUGUCAACUGAGAAUCUGUUGAUAGAAAUCCUACUUCUUUUAUUUUAUCUGAGAAAGUCUGAAAAUCAAACCUUAGUUAGAAAUGACAGCCUUAAAUCACUUUUUUGAGCAAGGUGAAGGAGCAACAAAUAAGUCUAAAUAAUCUGAAAUGACAGCCUAUUAAUACAUACCCCAAAGCAUAAUGGUGGAUCUUUUGGGGUCAUCUUUUGAUUUUGAGAUGAUAAUCGCAUACUCUCAACUGAGUUAAAAUGAAUAAUGUCACUUUUCAUCAAAGUUAAUUAAUCUGUGACCUGCUUCAUUCAAGCUUCAUAUUUACCAUAGAGAAUUCCUAAAGGAGUAUGUAUCACUCAAUGUAAAACACAAGCCUGUGAUUAGAAUUGAACUUUGGGGUUUAAUAUAAAUCUUAGCCUACAAAAGUCAUCUUCUAUUUCAUUGAACUAUGAUUCUAAUAACUGCUUUAUUGUACUGCCUAUGAAGAUUUUCUUUAAUUCAGAACCCUAUUAAAAUGGUUAGAAACAUUAAAAUUCAUAGUAUAAUAUCAAAACAUUUCUGUAUGUUUUAUUGUAACCAUAAAUACUGCUGUGGAAGAUAAUACAACUCUCCACCU